GUGGAAACAAGUUUCGCCUCAGAGAUGAAGAGAGAGUCUUGAGGGAGGGUGUUCUAACGCCACGCUCCCAACAACAACACCUAAUACACCUCUCCAAACAGACUCCUUUUUUGACAAAAGUGGCGUUCCCCAAGGAGACUGGAGGAGCCUUCGGUGUUUGUGCAAAAAGAAAACGCCUUGUGAUAAGCCAGUGAAAGAAGGAGUCAAUCUUGUCAGGCAAAAUUUGGGUUAAUGUUACGUGGCUAUUUAAGUCACGUAUUGUAAGUGUUUUAAAAUUCUCCGAGGAGCAAUUAUUGAAAAAAAACAUAUUUACGAUUUAAAAUAUUGCACUGAGUGCUGUGUAAGUGAGAUUGGUAAUUACCUUUGGAUAAGUGAGAUUGGUAAUUAACCUUGGAUAAGUGAGAUUGGUAGUUAACCUUGGAUUACCUGAGUGAGCUGUUAACCAAGCAGCGGUGAUCAUGGCAGCGCCCACCGCCAGCAGCAGCAGAUAAUGGGCGUGAAGGUGGUGCCAUUGGCCGCCCAUCCUCUCUUGCGGGUCCUGCGGCUCCGGUAGGAACCAUGGUAGGCAAGACCUGCCAGGGACCCGCUCGUUGCCGCCUCCCGUUCCCCAGGCGCUCCUCAAGAUGCACGAUGAGUCGGGCGGAUGGCUGAGUCAGCCUCAUGGCUACUAUAAACUCUCGCCUCUGUUAUAAAAGACUUCUAGUGCCAUAUAGAGAAAUUAUAGAUAUAUAAUAUAUAGAUAUAUAAAUCAGAGUGUAUGUAAGCGCGGUGGUAUAGAGGGGAUGGCUCGCAUGGUAGUGCCAGCCUACCUCAUCUUGGGCAUCUGUGCCACCUUCACCUCAGCCUGGGCUGACAAGUCCACAGACUUCAAUAAGGGCAAGAUAUGCAUUGGGACGACUGGCCGCAUGUCAGUUCCUUCCAACAGAGACCAUCACUACAGGAACCUGCGCGAUCGAUUCAUCAACUGCACUUACGUGGACGGUAACCUAGAACUCACCUGGCUUCAAGACGAGAACCUGGACCUCUCCUUCCUCCAGUACAUCCGUGAGGUGACUGGCUACCUCUUGAUCUCACACGUGGACGUGAAGAAGAUUGUACUGCCCUCACUUCAGAUCAUCCGCGGGAGGACACUCUUCAAAGUGUCCGUUAACGACGAGAGCUUCGCCCUGCUGGUCACCCUCUCCAAGAUGCACACCUUAGAGAUGCCAGCCCUCAGGGAUAUCCUGCAGGGAAGCGUGGGAGUCAUCAACAACUACAACCUGUGCCACAUGGAGACCAUAGAGUGGGGGGAGAUCAUGUCUGACCCCAACGCCGAGUACAUGUUCGUGUACAACUUCACCGAGCCGCAAAGGACGUGCCACUGCGACAUGGCUUGCAAGAAGGGGUGCUGGGGAGAAGGGGAACACAACUGCCAGAAGUUCAGCAAGUUGACGUGUUCACCCCAGUGCAGUCAGGGCAGAUGUUAUGGUCCAGGACCACGGGACUGCUGCCACCUCUUCUGCGCUGGCGGGUGUACCGGACCAACUCAGCGGGAUUGUCUGGCUUGUGGCAACUUCUAUGAUGAUGGGGAGUGCAAGUUGGAAUGUCCACCAAUGCAACGCUACAACACCAUCACCUAUUCAUGGGAGACCAACCCUAAUGGCAAGUAUGCUUAUGGAGCUACUUGUGUGAAGAACUGCCCAGAACACUUAUUGAAAGACAAUGGUGCCUGUGUCAGGUCUUGUCCUAAGGGAAAGAAAGCAGUGGAUGGUGAGUGUGUACCUUGUAGUGGACCAUGCCCCAAGACCUGCCCAGGUGACAAGUUUAUCAAUGCUGGCAAUAUAGACUCCUUUAAAGGGUGUACUAUUUUUGAUGGCUCCCUCACCAUUAUGGAUCAUUCAUUUGACGGGUACCAGCAUGUAUUUCCCAACUACACAUUUGGGGAGAAGUAUCCAAGGAUGCACCCGUCUAAGCUUGAGGUGCUUAGCACACUCAAGGAAGUGACAGGCUACAUCAAUAUUCAGGCCACACACCCGGAGUUCACAAAUCUUUCCUUUCUAAAAAACCUGGAGGUAAUCGGCGGUCGGGUCCUAACAGAAUAUUUCUCCUCUCUGUACAUCAUCAAAACUUCGCUCAAAUCUCUUAAUCUUAGAUCUUUAAAUAAAAUUCGGUCUGGGAAGGUCUGUAUUUUGGAAAAUAAAGAGCUGUGUUUUGUAGAGAAGAUCAAUUGGUUAAAAUUCAUGCGUAAUGGAGAUGACAUAAAGGCCAACACACAUACAUUGCUGCAGAACAAUGCAGAUAGAGAGCAGUGCAUGAGGGAAGGGUUGGUGUGCCACAAUGAGUGCAGCAAUGAAGGCUGCUGGGGCACUGGCGAGAACGAAUGCCUCUCUUGUAGUAACUUCAAGCUUGGCGAGCGAUGUGUCAACAACUGCAAUCUUCCCGGGAUAUACCAGAUUGAUGAUAAAGUCUGUGGUUUCUGCCACAAAGAGUGUGACAGUAGCUGCCAUGGACCAGACUCCAACCACUGCGACCGGUGCAAGAAUGUAAAAGACGGACCUUACUGCGUGGAAAGAUGCCCAGACACCAAGUAUAAUGAUAAUGGUGAGUGCAGAUUAUGCCACGAAAACUGUGUUGGUGGGUGUAAGGGUCCCGAGAACACCAUAGGUGAACAUGGGUGUAUGUCAUGCAAAAAAGCUGUGAUCAAUGGUGACCUAGAGGUGCAAUAUUGCCUAUCAGAGAAUGAAUCUUGCCCCAAUGGUUAUUUCUCUGAAUGGGUGGUACAUCAGGAGACCGGCGACUUGAGGAGACUUGCAGGGAAAACCAUCUGUCGACGCUGCCACCCACGUUGCAAGAACUGUACAGCUUAUGGUUUCCACAUCAGUGUGUGCCAUGAGUGUGUUAGCUAUCGGAGGGGAGAACACUGUGAGGAUGAGUGUCCCCAGGAUCACUAUGCUGAUGAAAAGCUCCAUGUGUGCUAUAAGUGUUCGUCGGAAUGUUCCAAUGGGUGUUCAGGGCCACUGGAGUCGCAGUGCCAGACAUGUCGCAACUACAGGAUCUACCUGGAGGGGGAUCCUGGUAUGAACAACACUAAGUUUAAUUGUACUGCAUUCUGCCCACCUGCUCUGCCUUACAAGAUCUUCCCAGAGGAUGCCUCUGACCCCUACUGUGGCAAGGAUCCGCUACCUCUUCCCCUUGAUGACGAAAGCAUCCCAGCCAUCCUGGGAGGUACACUGGGCUGUGUAUUCCUGCUCUGCACUUUCCUAGCAGUGUUCUGCUACCUGUGGUGGCAACGUAACAAGACCAAGGAGGCAGCACUCAAGAUGACCAUGACCAUGAUGCCCUAUGAUGACAACGAGCCCCUCAAACCCACCAACAUUAAGCCAAAUUUAGCCAAGUUGCGAAUAGUGAAGGAGGCAGAGUUGCGCAAGGGAGGAAUUCUGGGCUAUGGCGCCUUCGGCACCGUGUAUAAGGGUGUUUGGGUGCCUGAGGGUGAAAAUGUCAAGAUUCCUGUUGCCAUCAAAGUAUUGCGAGAAGGUACUGGAACUAAUGUGAACAAGGAGAUCCUGGAAGAGGCUUAUAUCAUGGCAUCUGUGGACCAUCCCAACCUUCUGCAGCUCCUGGCUGUCUGCAUGACCACUCAGAUCAUGCUCGUCACACAGCUCAUGCCACUGGGCUGCCUCUUAGAUUAUGUCCGUAAUAACAAAGACAAGAUUGGGUCCAAGCCACUCUUAAACUGGUGUACCCAAAUUGCACGUGGAAUGGCAUAUCUUGAAGACCGCCGCCUAGUGCAUCGUGACCUUGCAGCAAGAAAUGUCUUGGUGCAAACACCAAAUUGUGUCAAAAUCACAGACUUUGGCUUAGCCAAACUUUUGGACUAUAAUGAGGAUGAGUACAAAGCAGCUGGUGGAAAGAUGCCUAUCAAGUGGUUGGCCCUGGAAUGUAUACAGCAUAGGAUCUUCACUCAUAAGUCUGAUGUUUGGGCAUUUGGUGUGACAGUCUGGGAGAUUUUAGCCUAUGGUGGACGUCCUUAUGAAGAUAUCCCUGCACGAGAAGUACCAGACUUACUAGAAAAAGGAGAACGGCUGCCCCAGCCACCUAUUUGCACCAUUGAUGUUUAUAUGCUUAUGAUUCGUUGUUGGAUGUUGGACGCUGAGAGCCGCCCAAGCUUUCGUGAGCUGGCAGAGGAAUUUGCAAAAAUGGCACGUGAUCCUGGGAGAUUCUUAGUAAUACCAGGAGAUAAGCUGAUGCGGUUACCAUCUUAUACACCUCAAGAUGAAAGAGAACUGAUCCGCUCAUUGUCAUCAGCCAUUGAAGGUGAAGGCAUUGUGAUGGCAGCAGAAGAGUAUUUACAACCUAAGUAUGGCAGCGGAAGUGUUGCUGUCACAGGCACCACUACCACGUCUUCAACUUCAACCUCUGAUCCUACCACCCCAGUCAAAAAAACUGCAGGAGGAUAUAGUCUAGGUGCUGGUGCAGAAUAUAUAUCUGGAAGAGCAGAGUCUCCCCAAAACCGCCAUAAUCUGCAGAGGGAGAGGAAAUAUGCACACCUGGAGGCUGGAGCUGUAGGGUCUCCUGGACAGAGGCCGCGCGGUGACUCUCUUACAUCACGCUACUGCUCUGACCCACUCAAGAUGCUAGGUAAAGAUGUUGGUGAUGAUGAUUGCUUUAAUGGGCAUGGGACACCUGCAUCAGCUCCCAGUUAUGGUUGGGUUGGUGACCUCAGACUAGACCUCCCAGUUGAUGAGGAUGAUUACCUAAUGCCAUCGCCACAGCCAUCAGGCCUAGCCAAAGUGGGGCCUUCACACCAACACUAUAUGGACCUAAUGGCAGAUGCUCCUGAUGGACGAAGGAAUGAUCACAACCAGAGCCGUGGAUUUAAGGGACCAAACGGAAUUGCUGGACAGCAAUGGGUGGGUAUGGACAAUCCAGAAUACCACAUGAUGAAUGCACGUGCUCAGAUGUACGCUGGGCGCCGCAUCCACCCUCAGCAGACUGUGGGAGUGCCUGUAUUAGAACCAGGUCGUUUCAACAGCUAUGGUGGUAGUAGCGGACACAGCAGUGUUAGUAGUAAUGGCCAUCCACAACAUCAUUCUCCACAAGAGAUGCCACAUGAAUAUUAUAAUGAGCUAUCACCUCACUCACCUCAUACCUUGGCACCUCGUAGUGAAACAACAGUCUGAACAUAAACAUUUAUUUUCUGACUCACUGUGGGACUUGAAUGAAAAAUUUUGGAAAUAGUCAGAGUGAUGAGUUGUACAAGACUUUUCCCAGGACUAUAACCCUCGACUCUCUUGCCUCCUUACAAAGACAGUGUAAGUGGCCUCGUGACCAUGAUGAGAUGUGGUACAUACAACUUAUGCCGUAAGGGAUAUGUGCAAGUGUCAGAAGAUCACAGUAUUGAGAGAGAGUUGGAAAUAUCCUUGCAAAAACUAAUGUUGUUCUUUAACAUUAUUAUUAUUCCAAUGGCUUAUGGACCAUUGCAAACUUUUAUCCAGUGAAGUUCUAUAAUUUAAAAGAUUAUACAAUCAAUAUUCCAUUCUUAAUAUGUGAUAUGCAAGGAUGCCAAUGUCUUACUUCAUAUAAUGGACACCUGGAUGUAGUGGUUCACUAUACCCUUUACAAUCAGUGUUAGGGUAGAAGUGAUUCAACAAUGAUUAAUGAAAUGGACUGGCUGUAACUAGUCCAUUUGCAAGAGCUCCAAGAAGCUUACCUUUUCUGUGAUUUUAAAUAUAGUUUUAUGUCUUGAACAUUUGUGCAAAUGCUGCAGUAGAAAUAAGUUAAAGUGAACAAUAUAAUGAUUAUGAACUGCAAGAAGGUAAAAAAAUAAGUGAUAUUAACAAUGACCUUCCAAAGUGGUGAGUGACAUGAUUUUAUUUACUUCACAAGAUUCAGCUGCAAUUUUAGUUAUCAAAGGAAACUGUUAUUUGACAAGAAAGUGAUUUUAGGGUAUAAUAGUCAUCUUUUCUAUUUUAUUAUAAAAAUAACUAAAGAGCAAACCUGAUUGCCAAUGGACAGUUCCUAGGUGUUGGCUAAACAUUAUGGCUGUACAUUUUGUUAAUUACCUGGUAAAAUCAUGAAUCUUCUUUUUUUUUACAUAAAUACUUUGGACAUUAAAUAUUCACAUAUUUGAGAGUCUUUUCACUUUUUAUUAUGAUUUCAUAGCUAUUGCCUUUUUUAUUCAAUGGCCUAUUAACAUAUUUUAAUCAAAAUGUACACAAUUCCAUAACUGAAAUUGCCAUAUUCAAUUUUUACAUUACUACGACAACUAGAUUCUCAUGGUAACAUCAGUGUUGCGUAUUUAUUCAAAAUGCCAUUGGCCUAUAACUCUGAAUUUGUUACAACAUUGCAGCUUGACUUUCCAGUUAUUUAAUAAUGUAACAUGAAACAAUUACAUUCAUCUGGUUAAUCAGUGUCCAUAUUUUCAGUGAGCUGUUAAUGUAGUCAAGGAAAUUUUCCUGCAUCAGGACUAAUUCUUGAUGCCUGAAGAUGAAAACUUUUCAUGCUCUCAUGCUUCACUCUUGCCAUCAUUUUUCAAUUAGGUCAUCUCACAUCUUGUAUAAACAUGAUUUAUUCUAUCAUCCUCAGAUAAUCAGUACUGUCCAAGCAGUAUUCUUGACAAAGGGUACUAGUGGAAUGCUCUCUGAGGGUAAUCAUCAUUAGUCCUUGUAUGUAGUACUGACUGCUCUUAGUUGCCAAGUUUAUCAUUGGUCACUUUAAAAAUGUGUACCACUACUGCUGAAAACUGUAUUCAAGAUGAUAGAUGUUACAAGUGCCAAAAGUUUUGUAUAUCUACUCUGCCAUCUUGUUAUAAGGCAGACCAAGCAGCUGCCAUUGUAAAGUUUGCCUCUGCAGGAAUGUAAAGAUGGUUUACUUAGUAAUCCAAAGGAAUGGGUUUCAAAGUCAUUGAACUCUGUCUUCAAAAUCUUCACUAAACCUGAACCUGUGUGAAAAUAUUAAGAUGAUGGGCCUGUUGAUAACUGUAGAGAUUGUUUUUAUGUCCUGUAAUUUUUCAGUUUUGAGGUUUUACUCCUUGAUUUUUUUCAUUUAUAAUGUAUUGGUGUUGACAUCUCAAGUUAACAGUAUAUUAUUUACCAUGCUAUGUACUGUAAUUUACUUUUGAUACAACACCUUGAAUAUAGUACAAAUCAGUUCUUCCAUUACCCAUUCCAGUGCCUGUGCUUGGUCUGUCAGAUUGCACAAAUUUGCUUCAAAAUCAUUCUUGACAGCUCGUGCAAUACUCUCAGUGCGUAAAUAUUGCUGUCACUUGCUUAAUUUUCAUGAAAUUCUUGGUAGCUUCAAGCUUAUAAAGGACAAAACAAACUGGUUUGACAAUGGUAUUAAAGAAAUCUGUUGUCUUUCAGUUUUUAUGUUCACUGUACAGUGUUUUAUUUUAAAACGUACGUAGAUGGGUGGGUUUGCAGAGAGUUAAAGGUACUUUUCAAGUGAAUUCGUCCAAAAAAAUAAUUUUGACAUCACAUUCUUUCAAUAUUAUAUACACUGUAUUUUGAAAUUUGUUUCCUUCCAUUUCUUUUCAAAGUUUAUAAUUUAAUAUGCCUAACUAUAUGAUAUCUAUGUUCUUGAAGGUUCAAAUAAAAAACAAAAUGAAGACAAAUUACCUUAAUUAUAGAAAACAGGAUAUCAUGAGCACAGCUCUCCUCCUGGAAUUACAAAUAUUAAGUAGAAAACCAUUACCUCUUAACCACCCAUUACAAAUUGCUGCAUAUAAAUGUACAAUAUUGUAUGAUAUAUAAUUUGUUGGCCAAAUACAGAGGUCUCAGAAAGUGAUUAUUCAUAUAUUGCAAACUUUUUGAGUCUUCUGUGCAUUCUUAACUUCUCAAGUCAGGGACCUGUAAAUUUUUAUAUACUGUAUACAAAAAUGCAUGAUGAAUAAAUUUGAGCUGAGAUAUGAAAAAUACAAUUUCAAGUAAUUCUUUGAACAAAAAUUGCAAAAGUUCAGAUUUUAAAGUCAUGUGUUAUUGCAUUGUGGGAGGAACUUAUUGCCUCGUGUCAGGAGCAAAGUUGAAAGAAUGAACUGUCAUAAAUGUGUCCCAUCUAGUGGUACAAAAUUAAAGGUCUAUACAAAUGUCCAAUAAGGAGGUGUUAAGUGUGAUCAGUAAUGUGGCACUUUUGAGAUGGAUAAUCAAAUUUCUCCACUAAGUGACUUGUCAAAAUCCACUUUAUUGAUCAGUAAGUCUAUCUUCCAUUUCUUAUGUAUUAUUGUAAAUAUUGAGGUGUAAAUUGUUUAUAUUUUUAGAGCAGAAUUUAUAAAUUCUCCUAUUUGAAUAAUAACAGUUUUGUACUUAAUGGGAUUAUGUACUUACAUAUUCAUCUUAAUUCUUCCUUGCUUGAUAGAAAUCACUUGUAAGUGUGGAGUAGCCAGUGUGAUAAGCCUGUGAGGCACCUGACACAAGGCUCUCUUAUAAUACUUGAGGUAUUGAGGAGAGAAUGCAAGUGUUUUGUGGCAUCUUGAGUUGGUUGCAUGCAGUUGUAGCCAUCAUGAGUUGAGCUGGUUGUGGAAUGAUAUCUCAGAUAAGCAAGAAAAAGUGUAUCUAUACCACAAAUUUUGCAAUAAAAGGUCAUUUUAA